AUGGCGUUCCCCCAAGACAUCCAACCAGCCUCGGUGAUCGCCUGUUGUGCAGAUCCCUUGCCUGCGAACAUUGUUAGCCAAUAUGGAAAAGGCGUUAUCAGAAUAUCCAAUCAUCAGGUGGUUAAGUGCGGCCCAGGUGUAACGAAAGAAGAGGCCGAAAAUCAACGGAUAGCUUAUGAGCUGGUGGAUAGUCGCAUAGUUCGUAUUCCACGUGUCGAUGCUUUCUUUUUGGAUGAGCAGGGCCACGGUUAUAUUGUGAUGGAGUUCAUAGAAGGGAAGAUCGUUGAUAUAUUAGAUGAAACAGCUAUCCAAAAGGUUGCAGGCGUGCUUAAUUAUUUCACAACACUACGGCACACUUCUCCUGGCUCCCUAUCUGGAGGGCCUUGUCGCGGUCUCAUUUUCCCAGAUACGGAAGACCUAGUAUUUAAUAGUUCGCACGAGAUGGAAGAGUGGUUCAACAGCCGGCUAUUCGCCCACAAUCCGAAACUGAUUCUCCAGGGCUGCGAGCUCGUGUUCUGCCAUCUAGAUAUAGCACCUCGAAACAUCAUAUGGCAAGAAGAUGGGUCUAUUUGCCUGAUUGAUUGGGCUUCUGCCGGCUACUAUCCAAAACUGUUCGAAGUCUGCAUGCAGUGGAUUAUUGAAGGAAAAGACGGCAACUUCAACUCUCUUCUCUUAGAAUCAAUGGACCCGUUGUCGAGUCAUGAAAUGGCGCAAAAAGAGUCCAUUCUGUGUGCUUGGAGAAAUAUUCAAAAAUACCCAUUCCGAUCCAAGAAGUCUGCAUGUCGCAGGUUACCUGGAGACUUGAAACCUGUACCGCCUCCUCCGAUGCCAGAAUAUCCACCAGGAUGGAUAGAACAAUAUCAUCGCGAAAACCACACCCCAGCACCCACUUUUGUCCCUCCUCCAAACUCAGCUUUAGGGGCUGAACACUUAAAUUGA